GUGACGGAGCGUCGCCAAUCGGCGGCCGCUCUUGUCUCCGCGUUCCGGGCUCGAACGUCGCGGCGGCGGAGGGGAGCUGAGGCCGGGAAGCCGCCGGGCGGGCAUGGGUUGGAAUCGGAGCCUGUACCCCGACCUGACUACAGCUAGCAUGAUGUGGUUAUUAACCGCUCUUCAUUCACCUAUUGAUGCCUCCCAGAAAAAAACGCCGCCAAGGGUUCCAGAAAGCCCAGCUGCUAUUCCAACAACCACCACUGGAGGGCCCCAAACACCACUAUGGAUCUGCACAGCUUCCCAUCACUCACACUAGACAGGUGGCCAGCAAGCCCAUUGACCACAACACCAUCACUUCCUGGGUUUCACCUCAGUUUGAUACAACAGGAGAAAGCUGGUUCCCAAUGAACCAGAAACACCAUCGCCGAAACCAGGCAAGACUUUCAAGUCGAAAAUCCAUCACCUCCAAGUUUCCACAUCUAACAUUUGAGAGCCCCCCGUCUUCCAGUUCAGCCACACUUGGGAUCCCCUUAACCAGGGAGUGCGCCAAUCAGUCAGAAAAGUACAUUUCUGGAAGGCCUGUAGUUCCAGUGCUCAGUCCUCAAAGCUGUGGGGAGCUGUCCACACAUACACUUCAAAACUUACCUUACGUGUUCAUUCCACCUGAUAUUCAGACCCCAGAGUCUUCGUUUGUGAAGGAGGGGCCCAUUCCCCCAGAUCAGAGGGAAGAUAGCCUUCCAAGUGGCUCCUUUCACACCAGUACUCCCAAGACCCCAGGGCCUGGGCCUGUUCUAGUUAAAGACACUCCUGAGGAGAAGUAUGGGAUCAAGGUCACAUGGAGGAGACGACGCCAAUUGUUUACUUACCUCAGGGAGAGAGGGAAGCUGAAUAAAAACCAAUUCCUUGUGAAAAGUUCACUGGAUUUCUCAGACAGCAGCAAUCUCAAGAAAUUUUCAUAGAGUUGCUAAAUUACUUUUCUGGCUCACAGAAGUGUAUGUCAGAAGAAUAAAAUGCAAAUACUGCCAAUAACAUCAACAGAAAAAAGAUAGUUUAACUAGAGACUUGGAGUCAUAAGGGAAUUUGAUUCCCAGCUUUGCUUUUUAAAAUGUCUUUUCCUAAAAAGUUUUUAGUGUCAUAAACAGUUCACUUCAAAUUUUUAUGCUAUUAACUGUUUAAAAUUUUAAAGGAUCUUAUAGUAACUGUUUAAAAUGUUUGUAAAUAAAUGGUUGCAGAAAGGUUUUAGAGAACCCUGCUCCUGAUUACUGAUCAUGCAGCAAUACUGCCUUCUCCACAAAAGGUCUUCAUUGUUUUUUAAGCCACUAAUUAAUCCCCUAAUCACCCCAUUCAACCUAAUUCAUUCCACAUUUUUGAGUACCAAAUCUUGUGUCAGGCUCAGCGGCAGCUUCCUUUGUGGCAUAGUGGAUGGAAAAAUCAAAGCAACCUUUUUAGAGCUGAGCAACCUUUUUAGACCUCUGCAACCUUGCUCAUCUGCUAAAAAGUCAGGAUGAGGAAAGGUGCCAAGCCCUGUGUUAGUGAAUACAGUGGGAUCAGGGGCCAAAAAAGGGGACAGAGAUGUUACUUAAGCUUGCUGUGUUUUGGUUAUAUUUCCAUUCAAACAAAUCUGAAAAUACCACACAGGGUGGGAAAAUGAUUUCUUGUAAUGAUUGUUUAAAAUAUGUAAUUAAAUAUGGAAACUUUUCAGAGAA